AUGAGUGUCAGUUGCCUUUUCAAUCGCAGUACUCGCCUUCUGGUGUUGGUUGCCGGCUUGGUUGCGCUCUCUCAGGCUAUGAUUAUAGACAAUGGCAAGCUGGCUAUUGUGGACGGGAUCAAUUACUAUGUUGGAGGAGCCCCUGUGUCAAGGAUCUCUCCUUUGCCAUCUUUCAACUUGACUGACCCAGAUCUCCUCCCUAUCACGGUGAUCCGGUCGACGGUGGAUGAAUUUGCCAACGACGACUUGGAUCAGACAAUUGCGAACUUUUCUCGGGAUGAUGUUUUUCAACGGGGGUUCCUGGAAGGGCAUAUCUCCAGUUCAUUCAAGUCUCAGAACACCAAGGUCGUAAUGGCUUCAUCGAACUAUAAUCCUUACGGAUCGGCUGUUAGGGCUGGUCUCAGCGAUGAUAUCCCCCAAGGGCCCUACUUCAUGUCCACCACGGGCUCGCUCUAUCAGGCCUUCCGGUUAUACCCCGACCACCAACUCGCAUUUACAGAGGCAGCCAUCAGUGAUGGAAACGGUGGAUUUAAGCCAUUACCAGCAACGACACAGGGAGCCAUGACCAAGAGCGUUGCCGUACCGUCUCGCCUGUACUAUACACCCACACCCGACAAGCCACUCGCGGGGCUCCGCCUCGGUCUCAAAGACAUCUUCCACCUAAAAGGUCUACGCACCAGCGGCGGCAACCGCGCCUUCUACGACUUCUACCCGCCGCAGAACAGAACCGGUUCUGCGGUUCAGCGCCUCAUAGACGCCGGCGCCGUGGUCGUCGGUAAAAUGGGUACAGUGCAGUUCGCGAACGGUGACAAUCCCACGGCGGACUGGGUUGAUUUUCACUGUCCUUUUAAUCCUCGGGGAGACGGCUAUCAAGUACCAGGCGGGUCCUCUUCUGGUCCUGCGGCUGGUAUAGCCUCGUACGACUGGCUUGAUAUUGCCGUUGGGAGCGACACGAGCGGGUCCAUGCGCAGUCCUGCCGGGUUUACGGGUCUGUAUGCGAACAGACCUUCACAGGGGGUCCUGAAGACAGAUGGGAUCUUACCGCUUAGUGGACCGCUGGACUCGGUUGGAGUGUUUGCGCGGGAUGCCCGUAUUUGGUCCGCUGUUAUGCGUGCCUGGUAUCGGGGUUUGUUGGCUGACAACAGGGUGUACCCGAGACGGUUGUUUUAUUCGCGUGCGGUGUUUCCGGAUGUGACCACGGAUGCUGGGAGGCUUCUUGAGGGCGUUGUUCGAAAAUUAGAGAAGUUCCUAGGUGUGCAGAGGGAGGCUGUUGAUACGCAGUUGAAGUGGGAGGAGACAUAUCCAGAGGGUGCGCCGGGGAAUGUGACGGAUCUACUGAAUACGACAUAUGCUGUCCUUACGUCCGUCUAUCAAUAUAAACACCUCGCCAAGCCAUUCUUCGCCGACUACGCCGAAAAACACGACGGCCGUCGACCAUUUAUAAACCCCGACCCUCUCGUCCGCUGGCAAUGGGGCCAGGAUAACGGCGGCGACGCUGCCUAUACUGAAGCCGUACAGAACAAAACCAUAUUCAAGAACUGGUGGGAAACAGCCGGGUACGGACGCGCCCAUAACGAAACCUGCUCAGAGGGGAUAUACAUCUACCCAUACUCGACGGGAAAGACGCAGUACCGGAAUGUGUAUACUGAUGCACCUACUAAGCCGCCGAUGGGGUUCAAGGAUAGCCGCAUUGCUACGAUGGCUGGUGCGCCGGACCUUGUGGUUCCUGUUGGCGAGGUUCCGUAUAACUCGACUGUUUCGUUGAAGACUGAGUAUAUGCCGGUGACGCUGAGCUUUGUUGCUGCUCGGGGGUGUGAUCUGAUGCUGGCGAAUCUGGUUCAGGAACUGCAGGACGCUGGAAUCCUGAGGGCAGUAAAGACGGGGGCAACGAUGUAUCAAUAGAUAGCCUAUUUCUCAUGCAGGAAACUAAGUAUCAACAGCCAAAGCAGGAAGAACGACACCACUACACUCCCCAAACCCAAAUCUCUUUCCAGUAUGCCGAUUCACACACCAGCCUUCGAUAACAACCUCAUCCCCAUCCUCAAGAAAGCCAAUACCGUUUCCAGUCAGAGUGGCCAGUUUGUUCUCGGGCAAAUGGCGUUCCAGCAGACAUGCUAUACCCAUAUUCUCCCCGUUGGUAUUCAUACGCUGGCAUCGUUAAUAUCACUUUACAGCUAGAAAGAGAGGAUUGA